AGAUAGCAACUUUGGCUCAAAGAUCUCCUGGAUCAAGAUCCUUUCAUCGCUUCCUGCAUUUCCUAACAUGAGGUUCUCAUCUCUUGUGCUUGUCCUGGCACUCACGUGCAUGCAAGCCCAGAGCCAGGAUCCAGUGAAGCAACUUCGUGGAGCAAAGGAACCCGACCUGCCGGCCGACUCUAAGCAGGAGACAGCUGCGGAAAGCCCAGCCAAUGAUCCAGCAGAGAAGCCAGCGAACCCAGACGACACUGGAGUUGCAAAGGAGGUUGAGACCGAAACCCCGGAGAGUCAGGCUCCAGAGCAGGGCGAGACAGAUCCUGCUGAAGCCGACGUUGGAGUUCCGACAAAGGAGAUUCCAGCAAAGCCAAGUGGGAAGGAUCAUGCCGAUCCGCAUGGCACUCGAGUUCCAGCAAAGGAAGACGCGGAGGAGCCACUGGAUGGUGAAUGGGAGGUUGAUUCCAUGAGGGAAGGCCCAGAGCCAAUGGAAUGGGAGUGGGUUCCUUAUGGCUACGUCAUGGAAGGCCCUCCUGAGUCCUGGGAAGGUGAGGAGGGUGAUUGGGAUGAUGAUGAGAUGGAGCCACAGGAGAUGGCCACAUCAGGUCGAGAUGCGAGAUCCUUUGUUGCCUGGGGCGGCCGUCGCUGGGGCCACCGCGGCUGGGGCGGCCGUCGCUGGGGCCGUGGUUGGGGCCGUGGCUGGGGCGGCCGUGGCUGGGGCCGUGGCUGGGGCGGCCGUCGCUGGGGUCGUGGCUGGGGCCACCGUGGCUGGCGAUGAUUCGCUGAUGAGUGGCGAGUGACAGUUGCGAACACAGCCACAAGAGCCAUUAGGUGUUGCUGAUGCAACUUUUGAUGCACCUCGGUGCGAAUUUGAUACUUUUGGUUUCCCUGGUACUGUAGGCAGCGCGAGUGCUUUCACAGCUCAAGCCUUGCACGUGCCUGCGUUUAUUGGCAUCUCAAUGUAAAGAAGGUCCCGAGGAUUCUUCCUCAGUGACAUGU